CCCACCUAAUCCGGACUGUUUCCAGCUUUGUCCCUUGCGAGACACAACGUUUCGUCCCGAAAUUUUCUAUCGCGCCACUGAAGCAGGUACAAAGUUUUCGGGUUCCGCUUAACCGUAUAAGUCGCUCGUAGAAUUAGCAGCAUCUCUAAUAAGAGGCAGCUUUUUCAUUAUUGAGCACCCCUCUUCUUGACCUUGUCGAUAAGAUCGCUUCUACCCAACCAGGCGCGCAAAUUUCUUCAUAACCUAGCGCAACCAUGGCGACAAACGGCAACGUCACCCAUACCGACCAAUUCUCGGGAGGUCCUACUGCCACAACUUCCGGAGGCGUUGUUCCUUCUGCCGACCAAACAAGUACCACUAGCUCCAAUAACAAUCUUGGAAAGGAUGAGGUCGCCUGGUUUUUCGUCGAGCAGUACUACACUACCCUCAGCAAAAAUCCGGAGAAGCUUCACCUAUUCUAUUCAAAGCGCUCUCAGUUCGUCUAUGGUCUAGAGGCUGAGAUCGCCAACGUUUCUGUCGGUAGACCGAACAUCCAGGAGCGCAUCAAGCAGCUAGAUUUCCAAGACUGCAAGGUCCGUGUCUCCAACGUCGACUCUCAGGCCUCGUACGACAAUAUCGUCAUUCAGGUGAUUGGUGAGACUUCCAACAAAGCUGGCGACCCCAAGAAGUUCGUUCAGACUUUCGUCCUUGCUCAGCAGCCGUCGGGAUACUUCGUUUUGAACGAUAUUCUUCGAUACAUAGACGAGGAAGGUGACGAGGAGCCGGCUGAGACUGCCCAGGAGGAGCUAAUAGAGCCUGUGACCCAGGCUGCCCCGGCACCCAAGGAGGAGCCAGAAACACAGCCCGCGGCACCUACCGAGGAGCCUGCGUCAUUCGAUGCGGGCGUUGCCGGCAAGAAAUUGGAGGAUAUGAGCGCGACUCCCGAAGACAGCACUCCGACCAACGGUGACGUAGUAGCCGAGACGGCCGCCAGUGAAACGCCAGCGGCCCCAGAGCCCGCCGAGGAGCCGGAAGCCAAGGAUGCACCUGAUCCCGAAGAGACGACACAAGAGAUUGUGGAAGAAGACAUUAAGGAGCCAGAGAAGCCUGCCGACCGAAGCCCGACCCCUGUUCAAGUACGCCAACCCCUCGCAAACACUACAGCAGCACCUGCGGCUCCGGUUCCGGCUCAACCACCCAAGCCCAUGACUUGGGCCAGCCGAGUAGCUGCCGGUGCGGGUCCCCGACCUGUAGUGCCCCUUCCGACGAAGCCGGCAGCCCCUGCAGCCCCUGCAACAGCGCCGCAAUCGCGCCCGGCAGCACCCACCCAGUCGGCAACAGCCCAAGCACCCGCUCCGUCCCAAAGCUCUGAGACCGCAACCCCGGCUACGCCUGCCAAAGAGACAUCUACGGAGUGGCAGACAGCUGGCGGCGACUCGAAGCGACAGAAUAAACCCCAGUCAAUUUCCGGCCCCCAGACCGACAAGGAUGGCACCAUGGGAUAUGUCAAGUACGUCACGGAGAAGGUAAAUAAGGACGAAUUAAGGGCAUCAUUGGCACAGCAUGGCGACUUGGUCUACUUCGACAUCAAUCGCCAGAAGAAUUGUGCCUUUGUCGAAUUCGCCACGCACGCAGGGUAUCAAGCUGCUGUAGCUGCGAACCCGCAUGUGAUUGAUGGAGAGAGUAUCGUUGUGGAGCCCCGCCGUCCCAAAGCAGGCGCUUAUGGUGGCAGCAACUACAAUUCAGGGCGGGGAAACUUACAGAAUCGCCCGGGAGGACGCGGAGGAUUCGAAGGGCGGUCUGGCAGUCAGGGUGGACGAGGCAACUUUGGAGGACAGGGUCGUGGUAGGGGUGGCGGCGGUGCGCCUCGAGGCCGAGGUGCCUCUCAAGCUACGAACGCGUGAGAGUCCUAGUAUUACGGUACGAGGUCUUACGAACUUUAAGUAGGCAAAGUGUGUAUGUGGACUCGGAACUCCUAAGGAACCGGAAGUCGUCGCUGCCAUGCCUUGGAAAAGCGUUAGACGCAGGAUUUUGGAGUUUAGAGGUGGGGUGGUUUAUGACUUGGACUCGAGCCUACACGGGCGUCUCUCGGAGGCGUAUUCGAGUUGGUUUUAAUUUGAGCACGCAUAUAUCAUUGCACCGUCAUCCUGUUAGCUAAUUAUUCCCUCUUCUGCUUGGAGAGGGGGUUUGUACAUUGAUGGAAGGCUGGAAAAGUUGGCAUUCAUCUGCAUGGGAGGAGUGAAUGGGUGAUAUUGGGAAAUUCAAGGGGCCAGAUUUGUACAGUUGUACAAUAGGGGCAAAGUGAAAAGACCUUUUUUUUUUCUUGAAAAAAAGACUGUGUACUACCUAGUGUAAUGCUAUGACUGGACGACUGGUGUUAAUGGCGGUCUUGAUCUUGCGUCCUUCAUAGCUAUGUGUCGGUACCGAAUAUGUAUCUACAAGCUAAGAAGUUUCUGUUAAGACGAGUUACGUCAUUGUAUUGUUUUCUGAAAGAUGGGUAAAAGGUACCUGUCAAUAAAAAGUUAUCUGAUCUCAAUAUUCAUAUAAUUCUCAUUC